UGCUCGACAAACGGACACCUGCAGACGUAGCUGCCACAGCGCUGUUCUGUUUUAUGCUGAGACGCCGCUGUCUCUUCAAGAAACAAAGUUUCUAAUUUUCCUGAGUUGUCCGUGGUGGCGACAUGAGAGUGAGUGAGGUCCACGCAGCGGAGUCCGUCGCCUACCUGAACAGGGCUCUGGUCCGGCUGCAGGAUAUCUGGGAGGAGAUCGGGAUCCCAGAGGAGCAGCGGCUCCAGAGAACCAAUGACGUCCACAAACACAUUAAAGAUUUGCUGGACCUCAUGAUUGCUGAAGAGGAGUUGCUGAAGAAACGAUUGCUGAAAAGCAUCCAGGCCUGCCACAAGGAACUGAGUGUUCUGUGCACCGAACUUCAGCUCGCUCCUUUUGAGGAGGAGGAUGGCUGCACCAUAUUGCAGGCGGAGAGGAAUUGCCGCACCCGUAUGGAGGUGAUGAAGGAGCACAAGAAGCAGAGAAUGGAAGAGCUUAAAGGCCUGGUGGCCAAAGACCAGGAGCUGUGCAGCAUUCUGUGUACUACCCCCUUUAGCAUCGAGCAGAGCGCUGUCCCGACGCUGAAGCAGCUGGAGGCCUAUCAGGCCUAUAUCAAUGAUUUGGCCAAAGAGAAGGAGUGUCGUCACGAUGAAUUUGUGACCAUCAAAAAGGAGAUCAAAGUUUGUAUGGAUGAUCUGGAGCAAACACCAGAGACGAGUUUUGAAAUGGAUGUCAUGUGCGAGGACGAGGAGGCGUUUUGUCUGUCGAAUGACAACAUAGCUGCUCUUAAGCUGCGCCUCACUCAGUUACAAGAGAGCAAGGCUGAGAAUGAGCUCCGGUGUUCGAGUCUCCGCACAAAGAUCUGCGAGCUGUGGGACCGACUUCAGGUCCCCCAGGAGGAGAGGGAGGGCUUCUCCGAGCACAUGGUCAAGUCCAAGAAGAGAAACAUUGAGGCACUCCAGGCUGAACUCCGGCGUCUAGAGCUGCUGAAAAUGCAGAGCUUGAGGAGCUUCACGGAGACCAUAAGAGCAGAGAUCGCUCUCUUGUGGAAAAGAUGCUUCUGCAGCAAUGAGCAGCAACAAGCCUUUGUUUCAUAUCAUGAUGAGGAUUUCACAGAGGAGCUUCUCAACCUGCAUGAGGCUGAGGUCAGUCGCCUGAAAAAGUACCAUGAGGACCACAAGGAGCUCUUUGAGGGUGUCACUAAAUGGCAGGAUAACUGGACCUUGUUCUUGGAGCUUGACAAAAAGGCUAAUGACCCUUUAAGGUUCAACAACAGAGGUGGGAACCUUCUGAAGGAAGAAAAGCAAAGAACCGACCUGCAGAAAAGCUUGCCGAAGUUGGAGAAAAGCCUGAAGGUCCAGAUCGACGCUUGGGAACAGGAGCAUGACAAGGAGUUCCUGGUGGCCGGCCAGAAGUUUCUUGAGUACGUGCAGCAUCAGUGGGAGCAGCACCACGACGACAAGGAGAAAGAGAAGCUUGAACGACAACUGAAGAAAACCAGGCAAACGCAAGAGGAUAUGCUGUAUGGGACAGUGAUGAAGACGCCAACCAAGCGGCGACUGAUGGGGCCCCCCACCCCAGGGAAGGUCAGGAAGUUCAACAGCACUUCAGCCAUCUCCACUCCAAACAGCUUUCUGAGUUCAGGCCUCGGCGGGACCCCGUGCCAGUCGUUGGGGCAGAAACCGCCACUGUCUGCCAGCAAGGGUCCCGGCCUGCGGACCCCCGGUCCUGGAAAGACGCCACGUGCACUAGACCGAAACAAGGAAAACAUCUCCCACCUUAACAGGAACACUCACUGUGGCACGCCAAGGACUCAGGACGCUAAAGAUCACACCUUUAACAUCGCCGGCUCUUAUACUGAAUUUACGUGCGUUGCUAAUGAAGAUCGUUCUUUUCUUCAGAGAGACCUUGCAAAGGCGUCGAAAUCCACCGUGAAGUUGGGGGUUCUGAACUCCACCGUCAGCCACCAGUGAGGGUUUGGGGGAGCCGACCUGACACUGGGGACGGACCGGGACAGACCGGGACGGUCCUGCACAGCUGAUACUCUGCCAAGAGGAAUAAUGAGCUUCAGUGUAAAUGACUACAAAAAAGUACAUAUUUUGACUUUUUUUUUUUUUUUUUUUUUUUGCAGCCCAGUUUAUAGAAUACUUUUAUCUAGUCUUUGCACUAGUAUAUCUUUUUUUUUUUUUAACUACAUUUACCUCUGCUGUGUAUAUAUUUAUGUGGUUGUCUCAUACUUGGGCAUUCUACUUUUCCUUUCAAAGUUUCAGCUUUUGUUUGAAGGUUAUGAGCUUCAUGCGGGGGCGGUACUUUACUUUAAUACUCAAUGAUCAACUCUGAGCUGGAAUGACAGCUACGUUUUCACUUCAUGACUAAAUAUGGAGUCACUUUUUUAACGUGUUGUAAAUAAACAGUUUAAAAGUUAA